GUUCUCGUGUCUCAGGCCAAUGCUCAAGCUUCUUCUUCCAUGGCGUCGCCCCUCUACGGAAGCCCACACCCUGACCUACUUCCUCAAAUAUCCCGUUUACUUCUCUCUCUGCAACUCUCGCUUCCUUACCCAACAAUCUCAAUCUUCAUCUGAUGACGCUUACGACCCUCCCUUCUCUCCUUCCCUGAAACGCCAAAAACCCAAAACCCAGAAGAAAAAGAAGAAGAAGACGCCCGAUAAAGCUUCAGAUUCCAAGAAAGCACAGAAUUUUCCGGUUAGCUCUGACCUGCCCUUUGAUUUUAGGUUCUCGUACUCCGAGACGAAUCCUUCGGUGGAGCCCAUCGGGUUCCGAGAGCCGACACGGUUCUCUCCAUUCGGACCAGGGCGGCUGGAUCGGAAAUGGACCGGCACGUGUGCGCCGGCCGAAGGAAGGUUCGACUUGGAGACGGCGGCAGAGGAGCGGAAGGCGGUGCUCGGAGAGCCGCUUUCGGAGGAAGAGGUUGCUGAGCUUGUGGAACGAUAUAGGCAUAAUGACUCUGCUCGGCAGAUCAAUUUGGGGAAAGGGGGAGUUACACAUAACAUGUUGGAUGACAUCCAUAACCACUGGAAGAGGGCUGAAGCUGUUAGGAUCAAGUGUUUAGGAGUGCCAACUCUUGAUAUGGACAAUGUUUGCUUCCACCUGGAGGAUAAAUCUGGUGGGAAGAUCAUAUAUCGAAACAUAAAUAUCCUUCUCCUGUAUCGGGGUCGAAACUAUGAUCCGAAGAACAGACCAGUUAUUCCACUGAUGCUUUGGAAGCCCUAUGCACCAAUAUAUCCAAAGCUUUUGAAAAAUGUUGCUGAUGGCUUAACAUUUGAAGAAACUAAGGAAAUGAGAAAAAGAGGACUGAGCUCUCUAGCUCUCAAAAAACUCACCAGGAAUGGUGUGUAUGUGAAUGUAGUGGAUAUAGUGAGGGAAGCCUUCAAGACUGAAGAGCUUGUGAGAUUAGACUGCACCCAUGUGGGUACCAAUGACUGCAAAAAAAUAGGUGUUAAGCUAAGGGAUUUAGUACCCUGCGUCCCUAUUUUGAUCAAGGAUGAGCAGAUUGUGCUUUGGAGAGGAAGGACUCUAACCCAUUGAUGUGACAUACAAGUUCAGAUUGUAUAUUUGAUCUACUGAUACUUUGGUUUAGGUUCUAUAAUUGGCAAGGGUGGCUUAGUGCUUGGUGAUGCCAGGACAGUUUUUGCAGUCCAACUACUUGGUCAUUGGAAUAGUGGCCAGCAUGGCUAGCUUCCCAGAUAUGUCUUUGAACUUUUGCCUGGUUGGUUCAUUGGCCAUACUCCAUGCUAAGGGGUGGCGAUACUGAUCAAAAGACUUCCAUCACUAUACGAACCCUCCAACAGUUGACUUUGUGGUUCGCAUGUCCAAUAAAUCUGCAAAGUUGAAUAUUUGCACUUUGUUUUACAGUAAGUGCAUCACUCGAAUAUUACAUGGCCCGUCCUUGAACUUCAUUAGUCAGUAAUUUUGUGGUUAGGAUGAGGUAUUGGUUGAUGUUAAACUUAAUUUCUUAAUGAUGGAAAUCCUGCUAUUGUAAUCACCACUGGAUUUAUUUUGGAAGCAAUGAUGAAGACGACAUUAAUCUUGCCUUCA